AUGAUGAGUGGAGGAUUUCAAAAUGCUGGACAAAACAGAUCACAGCAAGGCCAAAGUAAUGGUCAAUACAAUGGAAAUAAGAGUGGCAAUGGUAGCCAAAAAGAGAAGAAGUUUCAUCCUCUGACUAGAGGAAACAUUCCCGAAUUUAGCUUUGAUGAAGUAAAGAAGACAUUGGUGAUCAAAAUGUCAACAAUGAAGAUGGAUCAUAUUGAUGACAUGAUUCAGAGUGUACGAACCAUGAAUUUGUUCGAUAUUCAAAGUGUGAAGCCGACAUUGGUAUUGGUAACUAAUGACAGCAAUCCUGAUAAGGAGAUAAAGAAUGAAGAAAGAAGAACUAAUUAUUUGGCUGAUCAAAAGGAUUGGAAGGCCAGGAAGAACGCGUUUGAUAACAAUAAACGCAAUGUCUAUGGAAUGAUUAUGAAAAUGUGUACCGAUCAUAUGGUGGACAAGCUUGAGCGAGAAGCUGACUUUGAUAACAAAUUAUUCAAUGAUCCUGUGGAGUUAUUGAUGCGGAUCAAGAUAUGA